UGGGUCAGAACCCACUUGUGAAUCUGAUCUGGUAUGUUCAGGUGUCCUGAGACAGAGGGCGCUGUUUCUAAAAUGAGUUCCUCAGAGAUGGCCGAAACUGACGAUGGAACCCACGGCCCUGCGAGAAAGAGGGUCAAGAUAUAUAGGGCUGGGUCCCCUGCACCCAGCUAUCUGUCUAUGAAGAGUGACCGUUCAAUGCGUCAUCCAAUGUACUUCAGAGGAGAGUUCACAGGUGAUCAAAGGGUCAAGAUAUAUAGGGCUGGGUCCCCUGCACCCAGCUAUCUGUCUAUGAAGAGUGACCGUUCAAUGCGUCAUCCAAUCGACUUCAGAGGAGAGUUCACAGGUGAUCAAAGGGUCCAGAUAGAUAGGGCUGGGUCCCCUGUACCCAGCUGUCUUUCUAUGAAGAGUGACCGUUCAAUGCAUCAACCAAUCAACUUCAGAGGAGAGUUCACAGGUGAUCAAAGGGUCCAGAUAGAUAGGGCUGGGUCCCCUGUACCCAGCUGUCUUUCUAUGAAGAGUGACCGUUCAAUGCAUCAACCAAUCAACUUCAGAGGAGAGUUCACAGGUGAUCAAAGGGUCCAGAUAGAUAGGGCUGGGUCCCCUGUACCCAGCUGUCUUUCUAUGAAGAGUGACCGUUCAAUGCAUCAACCAAUCAACUUCAGAGGAGAGUUCACAGGUGAUCAAAGGCUCCAGGUAGAUAGGGCUGGGUCACCUGUACCCAGCUGUCUGUCUAUGAAGAGUGACCGUUCAAUGGAUCAUCCAAGUGACCUCAGAGGAGAGUUCACAGGUGAUCAAAGGGUCCAGAUAGAUAGGGCUGGGUCCCCUGUACCCAGCUGUCUUUCUAUGAAGAGUGACCGUUCAAUGCAUCAACCAAUCAACUUCAGAGGAGAGUUCACAGGUGAUCAAAGGAUUCACUGCUCACUGGAUUUAAGUCGUUCAGAAGAGAAGAGUUCAGAGAAAUUGUCCUCCUCAGAACAGUCUCUCCUGCGCACUCUGAUGAAGCUGAAGAAGACUGAAAAGUUGAAACUGUUUCAGAGCCAUCUGAGUCAGGGUUGCCCAGAAUGCUUUAAUAGUAGAAGAACAGAAGAUCCUUCUGUACUGGAUACGUUUAUGAAGAUGAAGGAAUUGUUCAAGGGUCAUCAAAUUGCUAAUGACCCAGAAUGCACUGAGAGAGGGCAGGAAGAUCCUGAGGCCCUGUAUAUAGUUGAGAAGAUGCUGGAGGCCUGUGGCAUUGAGAGGUCUCUGAAGAUCACACUCCAUAUCCUGAGGAACAUGAAGAAGAAGGAUGUCACUGACCCACAGGAGAGAGAUGAGCAGCACAAUGAAUUCAAAGAAAAUGCCCAGCAGGCACUGAAAACUCAUCUGAAGAAGAGGUUUGAAUGUAUAUUUGAAGGUUUAGCAAAGCAGGGCCACCAGACCCUCCUCAAUGAGAUCUAUACAGAGCUCUACAUCACAGAGGGGGGAAGUGGGGGGGUCAAUGAUGAACAUGAGAUCAGACAGAUUGAGAUAGCAUCCAAGAGACAAACCACACAUGAGACUGCAAUCAUCUGCAAUGACAUCUUUAAGCCUUCACCUGGACAAGAGAAACCAAUCAGAACUGUGCUUACAAAGGGCAUUGCUGGCAUUGGGAAAACAGUCUCUGUGCAGAAGUUCAUUCUGGACUGGGCAGAUGGAAAAGCCAAUCAGGACAUUGAUUUCAUCUUCACUCUUCCUUUCCGAGAUCUGAAUCUGAAAAAGGAGAGAGAAUUUAGUCUCAUGGAACUUCUGCAGCAAUACUUUCCACAACUGAAAGAGAUCAAAAGUUUUGAAGAUGAUGAAGUCAAAGUUGUGUUCAUCUUUGAUGGUCUGGAUGAGUGUCGACUUCCUCUAGAUUUCCAAAGCAAUGAGAUUUGCUGUGAUAUAACAGAGUCAUCAUCAUUGGAUGUGCUGCUGACCAACCUCAUUAAGGGGAAUCUGCUUCCAUCUGCCCUCCUCUGGAUCACCUCCCGACCAGCAGCAGCCAAUCAGAUCCCUCCUGAGUGCGUCCACCAGGUGACAGAGGUACGAGGAUUUAAUGACCCACAGAAGGAGGAGUACUUCAGUAAGAGAAUCAGAGAUGAGAAAAAGGCCAGCAAAAUUAUCUCACACAUAAAGUCAUCCAGGAGUCUCUACAUCAUGUGUCACAUACCAGUCUUCUGCUGGAUUUCUGCUACUGUUCUGGAGACAAUGUUGGAUAAAGUGAGUGGAGACCUGCCCAAAACUCUGACUGAAAUGUACACACAUUUCCUGCUCAUUCAGACUAAUGUGAAGAAUGAGAAGUAUCAUGGCACCAAUGAGACAACCCCAAAGAAAAUGUCAGCAUCAAAUACAGAAAUCAUCCUGAAACUGGGGCAGCUGGCUUUACUACAGCUGGAAAGGGGCAAUCUGAUAUUCUAUGAAGAGGACCUCAGAGAGAUGGGCAUUGAUGUCAGUGAAGCUUCAGUGUACUCUGGGGUGUGCACAGAGAUCUUUAAAGAGGAGUGUGGGUUGGGUGAGGAGAAGGUCUACUGCUUUGUGCAUCUGAGCAUUCAGGAGUAUCUGGCUGCCUUGUUUGUGUUUCAUUCAUGUGUGAAUGAGAACAGAAAUGUACUCAGAGCAGAAGAAUCAAAACCUCGCAGUGACGGAGUGCAGCUGUCUGAGUUACACAGGACUGCAGUGGAUCAGGCCUUGCAGAGUAAGAAUGGACACCUGGACCUUUUCCUCAGAUUCCUUCUAGGCCUCUCUCUGGACUCCAUUCAGACUCUAUUAGGAGGAAUACUGACACAGACAGGAAGCAGAUCAGAGAGCAUUGAGGAAACAGUAUUGUACAUAAAGGAGAGGAUCAAAGAGGAAUCUUCAGCAGAGAGGACCAUAAAUCUGUUCCACUGUCUCAAUGAACUGAAUGACAACUCUCUAGUGGAGGAAAUCAAGAAUUUCCAGAGAUCAGGAAAACUCUCUAAUGAAAAGCUGGAACCACACCAAUGUUCAGCCCUGGCCUUUAUGUUACUGAUGUCAGAGGAGAUCCUGGAUGAGUUUGACUUGACGACCUACAACACAUCAGCAGCAGGUUAUCAGAGACUGGUACCAGUAGUCAGGCACUGCAGGAAGGCCAUACUGAACUACUGUGACCUCACAGAGAAGUCCUGUGAAAUUGUGGCCUCAGCUCUCCAGUCAUCAAACUCACCCCUGAGAGAUGUGGACCUCAGCUACAAUAACCUGGGAGAUUCAGGAGUGAAGCUGCUCUGUGCUGCACUGAUGAGUCCAACCUGUAAACUACAGAGACUGGGGCUGGGUUGGUGUAAUCUCACAGAGGGCUGCUGUGAUGUUCUGGCCUCAGUCCUGCGCUCUCCUCACUCAGAGCUGAGAGAUCUGGAGCUCAGAGACAAUGAGCUGCAGGAUUCAGGAGUGAGAGCGCUCUCUGCUGGACUGGAAGACCCACACUGUAAACUGCAGAGACUUGGGCUGUCAGGCUGUAGAGUCACACAGAGAGGCUGUGAUUCUCUGGCUGCAGCUCUGUGUUCAAACCCCUCACACCUGAGAGAGCUGGACCUGAGAUACAAUCACCCGGGAGACUCAGGAGUGAGAGCGCUGUCUGCUGCUCAACUGGACACACUCACACUGCUUGUGGACCAUGGAGGAGAGAACAGGACCAAACCAGGACCCAGGAAAUACGGCUGUCAGCUCACACUGGAUCCAAACACAGUGAACAGAAACCUGUUUCUGUCUGAGGGGAACAGGAGGGUGACACGCACAUGGGGGAGAGUGGAGCCAUAUCCUGAUCAUCCAGAGAGAUUUGAGGUCUGGCCCCAGGUUGUGUGCAGAGAGAGUGUGUGUGAGCGCUGUUACUGGGAGGCUGAGUUCAGUGUGUCCAAGGAGGGAGAGGUUUAUAUAGCAGUGACAGAUAAAGGAAUCAGCAGGAAAGGAGGGAAUUAUGACUGUAAGUUUGGAGCGAAUAAAAACUCCUGGAGUCUGCGGUGCUUUGAACUCGGUGACUCUGAUAAACUCAGAUACUCUGUUGAGCACAAUAAUAACCCAACAGACAUACCUGCCCCCCCCUCCCCCUACCGCAAAGCAGGAGUGUGUGUGUACAGGGUAGGAGUGUGUGUGGACCGUCCGGCCGGCACUCUGUCCUUCUACAGUGUCUCUGACUCUGACACACUGACCCUCCUGCACAGAUUCCACACACACUUCACUCAACACAAACCCCUCUGUGCUGGAUUUAAUGUGUGGAACUCCUCAGUGUCCCUCUGCGAACUGGAGUAGAGACACACACACAUGUGCGCGCACACACAAAUAUGCACGUGCACACACACACACGCAUACACACACACACACACACACACACACAUGCGCAUACACACUCGCACACAUGCACGCACACACAAAUACAUACACUCAUGUACACACACACACCACAUUCAUAUACCCACUCACACACACACACCACACACACUCAUAUACACAUACACACACACACUCAGAUACACAUA